AGGAAAUUUGAAAAAAAUGGGAUUUUUACAUCUCUCCAGCCAGCACUGAAAACGAAUGGGGAUUGUUUUGCUUUGCCUCCUUUUCCUAUUUCUGCAAAGAAAUAACAAUGUACAAGGGAAUUGUUCUCGGGAAAGUGCAGUGACUUGUGAAGAUUGUUUGCUUUCUGGACCACACUGUGCUUGGUGUUUUCAAGAGAGUUAUACAGAUUCAUCAGGAAUUCAUGGAAGGUGUGAUACACCAGAAAAUCUUUUAUCAAAAGGAUGCCAGUUGAACUUGAUUGAAUUUCCCCCUUCCAAAGUGGAAAUUCAGAAGAAUAAGCCUCUUAGUAUUGGAAUACAGAACAAUUCUGAUGUCACACAGAUUUCUCCUCAAAAAUUAACUCUUUGGCUGCGACCAGGACAUGAAGAAACAAUACAGAUCAAAGUUCGCCAAACUGAAGAUUAUCCAAUUGAUCUCUACUACCUCAUGGAUCUUUCAGCUUCAAUGGAUGAUGAUCUGAAUACAAUAAAGGAGUUAGGUUCAACUCUCUCCAAAGAAAUGUCAAAAUUGACAAGCAACUUCAGACUAGGUUUUGGAUCUUUUGUUGAGAAACCGGUUUCACCAUUUAUCAAAACUACAGCUGAAGAAAUUAACAACCCUUGCAGAAGUGUUCCAUAUGAGUGCCUGCCUACCUUUGGGUACAAACAUGUUUUGCCAUUGACCAAUGAUGCAGAAAGAUUCAAUGAAAUUGUGAAAGGACAGAGAAUCUCUGCUAAUAUAGACACUCCAGAGGGAGGAUUUGAUGCGAUUAUGCAGGCAGCUGUUUGCAAGGAAAAAAUUGGAUGGAGGAAUGAUUCUUUACAUUUGCUGGUGUUUGUGAGUGAUGCUGAUUCCCAUUUUGGGAUGGACAGUAAACUGGCAGGGAUUGUUAUCCCUAAUGAUGGGAGCUGUCAUUUGGACCACAAUAAUGAAUAUUCCAUGUCAACUCUUCUGGAAUAUCCCACAAUUGGACAAUUAAUUGACAAACUUGUGCAAAACAAUGUUUUAUUAAUCUUUGCCGUAACAAAGGAGCAAAUUCACAUAUAUGAG